AAUGCACUUUGCAUUCCUAUGACGUUUUAAGAUUUAAUUAUAAGCGAUUUCCGAGAGUCAGCACAAUGUUUGAUUCCAUUAUUCUGUCACUUUUUCGCUUUUCUCCGUUGCCUACUGCAGCUCGGUCUUUCCAGAUGGCAUCAAAAAGUGAAGUCGCAUCGCCUGAUUUCUCGCAGCCGUGGAAACUCAGCGAUCUUGUUCUUGUUGUGGAAGAAGAAAGAUUUCAUGUUCACAAGGCAAUGCUUGCAUUUUGGUCACCCGUGUUUGAGAAGAUGUUUACAUCAGAGUUUCAAGAGAAGGACAAGAAUGAAGUUCCUCUUCCAGGCAAAAAAGCGAGCGAAAUUGAAGAAAUGCUUCGGCAGAUUUAUCCCUCAGUGACAGAAAGAGCAAUAACGCAGGAAAACUGUUACUUCCUGGUGAAGCUCGCUCACGAAUAUCAAAUGGCAGCCAUUGUUACGAGGUGCGAAGAUUUCAUGACCAACAAGGUCAAAGUGAAAGCGAAAGAAAGCAUCCUUGCAGAUUUGGUAUUCGCACAGACUUACAAGCUAAAGAAGCUGAAACUCGCGAGUGUUACCCAAGCCCAUUGCCUCAGUCUGGAAGAGUUGAAAACAUACGAGAUGUUAGAUCAAAUUCAGCCGGAUAAUCUUCAAGAAAUCAUGGAAGGGAUUAUAAAGAGAUUGCAAAGAGAGUUAAAUGGAGCACGAACACAGUUACAAGAAAGGCAAAAAAAGAUUGACAAUAUGAGCUCGUACAUGCGGUACUGUUUAAGUCACGUAGAGAAGAUCGCCAAAGACCUUGUUGGCCAUGCUUCGUCGAAACAAAGUUAUUCUUAUAUUGGCUGUACUGACACCGCAAGUUAUCUCGCUGCUUUACAGAAGGAUACCAGUGCACACUAUUGCACCUGUAAAGGAAUCAGAAUAACCAUUUGCCGCGGUCUAAGUGAAGUUUCUUCUGAUCUGAGUUCAAUUAAACAACUGCUGGAAGAGUUUCUUCAUUCGUGACCAUAACGAAGAUAGUGACAUCAUGUUCAUAUAAUGUUGUUAAUAAUACAGAAAACAUCGGUGACGUCAUCUAUUGUAAUAAAAGAGCGUGUCAAGUUGGAAAUAACAAUUUUCAACCUUCUUUAGUUUUUACUUGUAGACACUUUACCUGACGUAAUGAAUAACUGAGGCAGCCAUAAGAAGAAUGCCUUAGUAACCUCACUUACUUUUAGGUGAUCAUAUCACCAAACACGUCACUCUGAAGAAGUGAAAAAUUAAUGCUAGUAGAUCAGUUCUAAAAUGAUCAAGUAAGUGAACUAAUAGUACUAAUGUAAUUUAAUAUUGUAAGAAUGUUGGUUUUUAGCUCUAAAUAGUGUAUUAUUAGAAAAGUGCUGUCAGUUCUGAGUUUACAUCAAAAGCAUAUUGUUUCUUAUUUUGUUGUUUUUGCGAUUUCAAUAAAUAUCUUUUUUAAUAAAUUCAACGAGUCCGUUUCUCCGGUGAUGCGAACCAGUUAAAAUGAAUUUUAGCUGCUAGUACACCAUUCCCCCACUUUGUAAAAUGUGCUAUAAAUGUUUUUUUUGAGGUUAAUACACAAGGAAAAACAUGUUCGCCAAACCAUGUUUCCUGUAGGCCUGUUAAUUUCCAUGACGAUUUCCCAUUAGGAUGACGAUUAAUAAGACCAUUAGGAAGCGACAAUACCGGAAUAAAAAUACCAGGAUGAGCCAACACUGAGCAAGAUGUAUGGGUUAUUGACCAAGUGUGAGGUCAAGAUUGCUGGAUAUUGGCCAAGUUCUUUUUUUGCGUGUUUAUGGACCGAGACGGAGUCGAGGUCCAUAAACUCGCAACAAGCUUAGUUGAAUAAAGGAUGAUCGAACAAGCUUGGUCAAUAAAGGAUUUAUUAUAUGGCUUUCGGGAAAAUUUUUCUUGUGGGAC